UUUUUUUAAUAAUGCUCAAUUGAGCAUCGACUUAGAGUAGCGAAUACUGAAAAAGGAAGGUAAUCGGUCGUGCGUUCUAUCCAAUCUGACGAAGCACUAGUCGGCUUGGUUCGACAUGGGCAGGAGAUUUUUAUACAGCGUUGUUCUCACCUCCGUGAUAUGCUGCCUGUUGAUUCGGAGUCUAGUUUCAGCUUUACUGGGAUCUACAGAAAAAGUAAAAGAGCUGAUGCAAAAUCCGAAGAGUCUCAUCCUAGGGAUGAUGCCAGAUGUCCCUUACCUGUAUUUGAACUUCAGGUGCUUCAACUGCACAUUAGACAGCGCCGAAGGAGAAGUUGCCGUUCGUACCGUUUUCUACAGAAAAUGGGAAAAUGUGAGUUUCACGUCGUACAAAUUCCAGGUUUCUCUAACUGCUCGAGACGGAGUUGGAGUAAGCCUCCUCGACGUGGCACCUACAGGUUCCGAAUCACUUCCCGCAUUGGUGGAUCGCACAUACACCGUUAUCUUUGUCACGGGAAGCUGCAUCAUAUUACGCGACGACAAAACAGCCUUUUUAAAUAACCCAAUUUUCCUCCUGUGGCAACAAGACGGCGUUUACGAUGCCGACUAUUAUGAGUGCGUGGAGGUUUAUGACUACAUAUCCAGUCGCAGUGCUUUCGAUUCUCGCAAAUGCAACAACUGCUGCGAUAGCAUGCCUCAAGUAAUGGGAUACAUAGGCAAUCAAUGUGGCUUUCGACUUAGCAACGCUGACGCGCCAUGACUCAGCAUACGCUGUAAAAUUGUAUCAGCAUUCUGCAGAGCAAAUAUUGUACGCUCUUCUCACGAGACAAUGUAGCCGCCUGCAGUGAAUGUAUUUUACAUAACUCGCAUUCAGCGUCAUUUACAUAGGCUUUAAGGAGCGACCGCAAAAUAAAUAUUGUUCGCAUC